UCAUUAUUAUAUCGUGUCUUAUCUCCUAAUUCUCAAUUUUCACACUUUUUGAGAGAAAAAUAGAGUGAUUGUGUAGUUUAUCUUUCUUCUGUGGUCUAUUUUUGAAUUUUUGGAAAAUGUUGGGUGUUUUUAGCAGUUCCAUUGUUUCGCCGCCAGACGAGCUUGUCGCCGCCGGUAGCCGGACUCCUUCACCUAAGACCACCUCGGACGCUCUGGUGAACCGGUUUGUUCAAAGCAAUUCGUCGGCGAUCUCUGUGCAGAUCGGCGAUUUUGUCCAACUCGCUUACUCUCACUCCAACGAGUCUGCUGUACUCCCCAGGUCAUUUGCUGUUAAGGAUGACAUAUUUUGCUUGUUUGAGGGAUCACUUGACAACUUGGGGAGUCUGAGGCAACAAUAUGGCCUUGCCAAGUCUUCAAAUGAGGUGAUGCUGGUGAUUGAAGCAUACAAGGCACUUCGUGACAGGGCACCUUACCCUCCAAAUCAUGUUGUUGGUCACCUUGAAGGCAAUUUUUCUUUCAUUGUUUUUGACAAGUCUACUUCCACCUUGUUUGUAUCUACCGAUCAAGUUGGUAAGGUACCCCUUUACUGGGGAAUCACUGCUGAUGGAUAUGUGGCCUUUGCUAAUGAUGCUGAUUUACUUAAAGGUGCUUGUGGCAAGUCACUUGCUUCUUUUCCUCAAGGGUGUUUCUACUCUACAACAGUUGGAGGACUAAGAAGCUAUGAGAACCCCAAAAACAAGAUCACUGCCGUUCCUGCUACUGAGGAAGAAAUAUGGGGCGCUAAGUUUAUGCAUGCUAGGGACAGCCACAUUUGAUAUUGAAUGGACUUAUUGGUGAACGAUCAUAUCACUAAUUCAAAGUAAGUGUCGGUAUCACGCUGAUGAAUUUCCAUAUCUCUCACUCAAUGCAUCUGGCUAUGAGUGGCUUAGUUGUCAAAUAAACACAAACCAUUAGGAAGUGGACCCUUAUGUGAUAACUUGAUCAGAGAAGCUUUUACUCUAUCUUUACUAACAAAUAUCAGAGCAAGUUAAUUCAGAUUGAGACACUUAACUUUAAUAAUAGCUUUUUAACUGGUCCCACUCAAAAUCAUUUCCGAACCACAUGUUCUUGUAUUCGCUGGUGCUCUGAUGUUAAAGGGCCUACUGAUGAAAUUUCAGGUUGAAGGUUCAGCUGUUCUUGCAGCCACAAAAUAGAAGAUUUAGCUUUCCUCUUUGAGCUCUGA